CAGACAGUUUGACAGUCACUCACUGAGCUUUGCAUCGCGUGCGCAGGGACACAACUUCUCCGCUGCGCGUCAGGUCUGCAGUCGCUCGCGCCAGUCCGCGAUCCGUUCCCAUGUUUAGGAUGCUACAAACACCACAGCUCCGUCAAGGCGUGAUUGCGCUUUUCAUGUGGUUCACUCACUUUAUGGAGGACCACAAAGUCCAGGCCGGUAACUGCUGGUUGCAGCAGGGAAAGAACGGCCGGUGCCAGGUGCUCUACAUGUCCGGGAUGACCCGGGAGGACUGCUGCCGGAGUGGCCGUCUGGGCACCGCAUGGACCGAGGAAGAUGUGCCCAACAGCACGCUAUUCCGAUGGAUGAUCUUCAAUGGAGGCGCGCCUAAUUGCAUACCAUGUAAAGAAACAUGCGACAGCGUUAACUGCGGUCCUGGGAAGAGAUGCAAGAUGAACAAGAGGAACAAGCCCAGGUGUGUGUGUGCUCCAGACUGCUCCAAAGUCACAAGAAGGGGGUCCGUCUGUGGGUCGGAUGGAAGAUCCUACAAGGAUGAGUGUACCAUGCUCAGGGCCCGCUGCAGGAACCAUCCCGACCUGGAGGUCCAGUACCACGGACGCUGCCGCAAGACGUGCCAUGGAGUUCGCUGCCCUGGCUCUGCGUCGUGUGUCGUGGACCAGACCAACAAUGCCUACUGUGUGACGUGUAAUCACCAGUGUCCAGAGGUGAAGUCACCUGACCAGUACCUGUGUGGCAACGACGGCGUUGUUUAUGCCAGCGCCUGUCAUCUGAGGAGAGCCACGUGCAUGCUGGGAAGGUCCAUCGGCGUGGCAUACGAAGGGAAAUGCAUUGAUGCCCGGUCGUGUGGGGACAUCGUGUGUCGGGGAGCGAAGAGGUGUCUAUGGGAUGAGGGGAGUGGCCGCGGACGCUGCUCCGUGUGUGACGAGGCGUGUCCGGAGAGUCGCCCGGGCGAAAGUGUGUGCUCCAGCGACAACAACACCUACCCCAGCGAGUGUUCCAUGAGGCAGGCCGCCUGCGCUCAGCAGCGCCUCCUGGAUGUCAAACACUCAGGAUCCUGCAAUUGUAAGUAUAUGGUGGAGUCUGAAAUGGAACCCUAUACCCUCCAUUGUGCACCACAGCGACGCACCCACUGAGAACUUAUGAGAAAGUGGCUUAAACUCCAAAACAGGCUUUUCCUCAGUCCGUUUACCCAAAGUCAUAAUUGAGGGGCAAAUCCUAACAUCCUUGACAUCAAUGCAUGACUAAGUGAACAUUUAACUUAAGUGGAAGUUAGGGUAAACCCCUGAGGAAAGAUAAUGUGGGUCCAACUCCAACACAUCCCUCACCCAAUUUUUCCAAUGUGAUUAAAGUCACCUUAUGUUAGUCCCCUUAUACCACAGCAUUGUUGAAUACUCAUUUCUGAUUGUCUAGAAGGGCAUUCUAGAGUGGGCAUUAAAACCAGAUAAUGGGACAAUUGGAAAAGAUAGCGGGACACCUUGCAAUCAUGAUGCAAUAUGUGCCUACACAUGCAGACCGUACUUGCUACAAAGUUACAGAAAGCUAAACCAACAACUACACAAACUGAAAUGGGAUACAUUGUAAACGCAGGAAAAACUUCCAGCAUUUAUUUGUUUUUGCAGAGACUUAUUUUUUGGGAGGAUCUGAUGACCUAAUGUGGUGAGUGAUGAACAUGAAUUUCUGCUGUCCCUACUGCAGUCAUGACGACAAUGGCGCUGUCAAAUCCUCCCACAUGUUUCUAGUUUGACCAGCUGUUUUCAGCAACUUAUAUUUUUGAAUUUGUUUGUCAUAUUGGCAGGUUUGCUAGCAACAAAAUAUUUGGCUAGCUUCUAGCAUAGUGUUUGAUAGGCAAUGCGAUCUCCUCGUAAUGAACAGUGUCGAGUGUCCUGACGAGAAGGCAAACUUUUCUAGCUAUGCCAGGCAAAAUCGGGCAACGUCAUUGAUUUGGAUGUAUCCAAAUCAAUAUCAAUAGAAAACAGCUUAAAACAAAUGCAAAUGCAGCUACUUUGCUGUUAUUCUGGCUGCAGAGGUCGUGAC